AUGGCUCCUUCAGCCACUGCUGAUAUUCCCACCGAGGGAUACAAGCCAAAACACAUUGAGGACCGUCUCUUCAUCAACGGUGAAUUCGUUCCUUCGAAAUCUGGAAAGAAAUUCGACAUCACCAACCCCAGUACUGAGAAGUUGGCCGCAUCGGUUUACGAAGCUGGUGCAGAGGAUGUCGAUCUCGCCGUCAAGGCUGCUCAAGAGGCUUUCCCAGCUUGGUCUGCCCUUUCUGCUGCCGACAGAGCCGGAUACUUGAAUAAACUGGCCGAUGCUAUUGAGAAGAACGUUGACGAGAUCGGUUAUCUUGAGGCUAUCAGUAUGGGCAAGCCAUACGUUGGUGAUUUUAUCAAUCCCCUUGGGUGCCAAAUUCUUAGAUACUUUGCCAGUAAGGCCUCCGAUGUCGCUGGUGAUUCGUCCUUAAACACCAAAGACAUGGUCAACAUCACCUUCCGGCAACCUUUCGGUGUCUGUGGUGCCAUUAUCCCCUGGAACUUCCCUCUUCUCAUGUUAAUCAACAAGGUUGGCCCGGCCCUCGCCACGGGUAACACUUUGGUCCUCAAGUCCUCUGAGAAAUCCCCACUCUCUUGCCUUGUUGUCGCUCGUCUGUGCCAGGAGAUCGGUCUCCCCAAUGGUGUCUUGAACAUUCUCAGCGGAUUCGGUCGACCUUGCGGCGAAGCCAUUGCCAAACACAUGGACAUCCGAAAAGUCUCUUUUACUGGCUCCGUCAUCGUCGGACGAGCCAUCAAGAAAGCGGCCGCCGAAUCCAACUUGAAGAACGUCACUUUAGAAUUAGGAGGUAAAUCCCCUCUGGUUGUCUUCGAUGACGCCGAUCUCGCAAAGGCCAUUCCCGCCGCUGCGUUCUCCAUUCUCAUGAAUUCCGGUCAAGCUUGCAUUGCCAGCUCCCGAAUUUACGUCCACGAAGCUAUUGCCGACAAGUUCAUGGAAGCCAUGAAGACCGCCAUGGCUCAGAUGGGGGUCCCUGGCGAUCCCACCGCCGCCGGCACCCGACGAGGACCACAAGCUGACAAGAUCCAAUUCGACCGCGUCAUGUCCUAUCUCAACUAUGCCAAGGAGAACAGUCUAGAAAUGCCCAUCGGCGGCAACCGAGAAGGGACCACGGGCUACUUCGUCGAGCCUACCAUCAUCGCCAACGCCCCCGAGGACUCCAAGGUGAUGAAGGAGGAAAUCUUCGGCCCUGUCGUUUGCAUCAACACAUUCACCGACGAAGCCGAAGUCCUCAAACGCGCAAACGGCACCGAAUACGGUUUAUACGCCAGCGUCUUCACCCAGGACGUCUCACGAGCCCUGCGUGUGGCGAAGGCCCUGGAGGCUGGUUCCGUCGGCGUCAACUGCACCAGUCCCACCAUGGCCAUAGACAUGCCUUUCGGUGGCUGGAAGCAGAGCGGUGACGGCAGGGAGCUGAGCAAAUACUCGACAGACUACUGGACGGAGUUGAAGAGUGUUUUUAUCUCCUUGUAA